AAUUGAAGUCUGGAUAGCUGACGUCGUGUUGAAAGGAGGCUGAUAACUAGAAAGCUUCAUCCUCACAGAGAGAUAGGAGAAUCAGGCGGAAUUGAGGCCAUCAUUGCGUAUAAAGAGAGGGAAAGAGAGGGAAAGAAAGAGAGAGAGAGAGAGAGAGAGAGGAAAAGAGACGGGGAAGAAGGAUUGAGAGACAAGAGACAAGAGACAAGAGACAAGAACCAAGCCAGAAUCCAACAUGUCACCACAGAGAAAGCUCCUGCUGCUGGGCACCUUUGUGCACUCCAAGACACGGCAGGACCUGGAUUUCCUGCACAAGGCGGGAAUCGCCAUCGACGCCCAAGGCAAGAUUGCCGCCAUUGAACGGGAUGCGCAAGAUUUGAGCGAGGUCAAGGCGCGGCUGCUGGGCAAGCUGGGGUGGGAUGAGGCAGAGGUGGACGUGACGGAGGCUGCGGAGGGACAGUUUUUCUUUCCGGGCUUUGUGGACACGCACAUCCACGCUUCUCAGUACGCCAACGCAGGCAUAUUUGGCAAAUCAAGUCUCCUGGACUGGCUCGAGACAUACACCUUCCCCCUCGAAGCCAGCCUCAAGGACCUCUCCAAGGCGCGCCGAGUCUACUCCAGAUGCAUCCGCCGCACGCUUUCUCACGGAACCACAACGGCCACCUACUUUGCCACCAUUGACGUCGCCGCGACGAACCUGCUGGCUGACCUGUGUCUGUCCAUGGGCCAACGGGCGUUUGUGGGCCGCGUUUGCAUGGACAGCACUGACAUGAAUCCCGCCUAUUACCGCGAUGCCUCGGCCGCCGAUGGCUUGGAGGCGACACAGCAGACGAUUGACCACGUGCGCCGCAUCGACCCCGGCUUUGACGUCGUCUCACCCAUUCUGACGCCUCGCUUCGCCCCUUCAUGCUCGAGCGAGGCCAUGGCCGGCCUGGCAGAGCUGCACCGCCAGACGGGCCUCCCCAUCCAGACUCACGUCUCGGAGAACCCCGGCGAGAUUCAGCUCGUGGCGCAGCUGUUUCCGGAAUCCGAUUCGUACACUGGCCUCUACGACAAGUGUGGCCUGCUCACGCCGCGGACGGUGCUGGCCCACGCGGUGCACAUCUCGGAGGAAGAGGCGGACCUGAUUGCGCUCAAGGGGUCCAAGGUCUCUCACUGCCCAUGCAGUAACACGUGUUUGACCAGUGGGUCGGCGAGGGUGCGGUGGAUGUGGGACAAGGGGAUUGACGUUGGGCUGGGGACGGACGUCAGCGGCGGAUACAGCCAUUCGAUCUUGGAAGCGGCUAGACAGGCUGCGAUGGUGAGCCGGCAUGUAGCCAUGGGCAUCGAGCAAGAGAAGGAGAGGGAGAGGGUCAAGCUGACGGUGGAAGAGGUGCUGUACCUCGCCACGAGGGGAGGAGCCCGAUGCGUAGGGCUGGAGGACAAGAUCGGGGGCUUCGAAGUGGGCAUGGAGUGGGACGCGCAGCUGGUGACCCUGGGCGAGGUCAAUGACGAAGGAGACGUGCACGACGAGGAUGACGACCACGGCUUCGUCGACAUGUUUGGGUGGGAGACGUGGGACGAUAGAGUGGCCAAGUGGCUGUUCAAUGGCGACGACCGCAACACGAAGAAGGUCUGGGUCAAGGGCAGGCUGGUGCAUAGACGGAAAUGAUGACGAGCAUGAUCAAAACUUACGAAAUCCGAAAAAACAGACACAUCCAUCAUGAUGAAGAAAUUUUAUAAAGAGCGGGCUAGGACAUGGAUAUAGAUUGAGAAAGAGGGGGACUAUUAGAUUUUUUGGUUUAGAGAACAUUGGCUUUGCAUUUCGUAUGACUAGAGCUUUAGAGCAGAAUGAAGAAAGACCCGUCAACGUUCAUC